AUCGUGAAUCACGAAGCUAAUAGAUAAUUCAAGUACAUGUAUAAGAAUUUCUGUCCAGACUGACAAAUGCCAUUGGUGAAAGAAGUCCCUACCCUUCCAUUGAGUCAGCGUGGCAAAGGCGAUAAAGCCACAGUCAGGAACUGUCGCCAGGCCUACGUCGUUGAUAUGCAUGGACGCACACAGUGACUGGAAUACAGCCUUUGGGAUAACCUGUGUCGGACUGCAGUACAACUCUUCAUGAUUUGGUGACUUCAAUCAUGGAUAUUCCUCCCCUGGCUCUAUGGAUAAUUAUCGUGGUCUUGUCCAUUCAAGGCUGUGAUAGCCAGUGCAAUUUCCCCAGUUCCAUCUGGGGCACCUGGAUACGAGAAAGGGAUGGCAAGUCGUUUACAAUUUCGUCCAGUUCGUUUCAAGGGUUCAACUAUUACAGCGGCACACAAUUUUACAAUGAUUUCAGAUGCCAGGAGAUAAAUGGAGCCACAUAUGUUAUUGUCCAGGAUCUCCCGAGAGCCUACACCGUGGAUAACCAGUUCGUCUAUCUAUGCCUCGCUAUUGAAGUCUUCGGCGCCAAUAGUUUCUUAAUGACAGACCUAGCAAAUGUCAGCUCAAAGAUCUCGGUAAGCGAUGUUGAUCUGACACUUGUGAAAGGCUUCGUGGAUAUCAACCCGACGCUUACAUCACUUGACGUGUGUGCCUUUCAACCGUCGGAGAUCAGAUCGAAUAUCAUGUACAGAAGCGGCAAAGGCGACACCGCGGGGGAGAUGGCCGUGGCGUGCCCCAGUAUCAUCCACGGCAACUACAACUACACCUUCGAUGGGACGAAGUGUACGGGCAACUCUAGUUUCGCUGUCUGUCCGGGGAGAACUAACAUCGCCAUUGACUACGUCCAAUGUGCGGAUCAGGUGGCAUACUCGACUAGCGGAAACCUGGAGUGUAUGGGCGCUGUGACACGAGGAGCUAAUACCUACCUGUGGACCUGGAUCGGAACAGGAACCUUCUCCUCCACCACCAUCAGGACAGUGUGUUUUGCACUUGAAGACAACGGGGGUACGGUGUCAGCCUCGUACACUCCUCAGGACUGUUUCGCUAAUCAAGUCGCAUCAAGUGUCUCUCCAGGCGGUUUGCUUUCAAUGGUACCUUUAGAACUGUGUCCGAUAACUUCAGAUGAAGAGGAGGAUGGCAUCGGGGCCAUCGCAGGUGGAGCCGCUGUUGGUAUCCUCAUCCUGAUAGCCAUUGCUGUUAUUGUCAUUGUCUUUUUAAUGAAGAAGCGCAACAAGAAAUUGAAUACAGUUCAAGACGAUGGGAAGAAAUCCACACAUCCUUCCAAAACCUCAACUGCCAACGGUAAAACACCGACCAAUGGCCAUGUUAAACAUGUCACGAUUGUAGCACCAGCAGUGGUUACAACUGUCAACGAAACAUCCACGGCGGCAAAGAAGGGAGAGAAAAGUUCAGACAAGUCACCAGAAAAGCCAAAGGAGUCACCCAGUAAAGUCCAGGAUAACCCUAAACCUGAGAGUAAACCAAGUGAACCCACAUCACGCCCACCGCCUGAUGCAAUCCCAGCAGCCGCAGCUGCAACUGCCACUGCCACAGCUGCAGCAACAGCGAAACCUGCUUCUACGACACCAGUUACUGCCUCAAGCACCCCGAUAGCUGCUUCUUCAAGUACACCAUCGGCUUCCGCUACUACUACAACUGCUGCAACUGCUCCUCCUACCGCUCCCUCGGCUGCUGCUACUACUCCUGCUCCUAAUACAGCUGCGUCUACACCUGCUACUACUGCUACCACUACACCUGCAUCUACAGCUGCUACCCCUACACCUGCGCCCACAGCUGCUACUACUACUGCUCCCCCUACACCUGCACCAACAGCUGCUACCACCGCCGCUCCUAAAGCUGAACCUACAGCUGUAACUACUGCUGCUGUUACUACGCCUGCUGGGGCAUCAUCAGGAAGUCUCGUUAAAGCUGAACAGGCUGGCGCAGUGAAACAAGGAACCACGGACAGCUCAGUCAAAUCAAGCCCGGAAGACACUUCUAAAGCACCACAAGAGGAAAACGUAGAGAAGUCGAAGAAGAAGAAAAAGAAGAAGAAGAAAGACAAGAAGAAGUCAGAGUAGAAGGGCAUUGUGCUUGACAUUGGACAGGACGAAAUUAGUGGACUAACAAUGUGUUACUUCAUCAGAUUCAGGUCACCAUGUAUUGUGUCACCAUGUAUUAGAGCAUAUCAACAUGUGUGGGAUAGUUGUGGGAUUACUCAUAUGAAAUGGAUUGUUAUGGGGAUAACACUUCUUCAAAUUGUAUUUGAUGGCUUAGAUACAAUCUUGUUUAUUAUUGAACGUUAUGAUAUUAUGUAAAUAUAUAUUAAACAAUAAUGGUUGUAAAGAUCACACAAAUAGCAUAUUAAUUCCUUCAAAAUAUAUUUGAUGGCGUAGAUACAACGUUGUUUAUUAUUAAAUGUGAUGAAUUAAUGUACAAAUUCAUAUGUAUCAAAUAACGAUCGUUUAUGAUCCGUAAUUAUACCUUGUGUGUGUUUAUGUGGAAAGAGUAGACUUUCGUUAGCUGUUUAUUGACUGCGAUAUGCAAUACGCUACCACUGAUGUAUUUGAUUAUUUAUAUGUGUGUGUGUUUGUUUUGAAAAAUAAAAAUAAGUGUCUGAA